UUUUAUCUGUGUGUGUGAGUGUUUGCAUGAAUUAGUAGAAGCUCAUUUGCUAAAGAGGAAUUGAAAAUAUGGGGUACUCAAGUUUUUUGUUGAUUUCUAUUCUCUUUCUUACUGUGGUGCUCAAUGUGGCCAAUGGACAGCCUCUGGUCCCUGCAAUGUUCUUAUUUGGGGACUCCAGUCUUGAUGUUGGUAACAACAACCACCUACUUACUGUUGUGAAAGCAAACUUCCCUCCUUAUGGAAGAGACUUUGAGAAUCACAUUCCAACAGGAAGGUUCAGCAAUGGAAAGCUUCCAAUAGAUUUCGCAGCUGAGACUUUUGGAUUUACCUCUUACCCACCAGCUUAUCUUAACUUAAAGAUCAAAGGAAAUAACCUCCUCUAUGGUGCCAACUUUGCCUCAGCUGGAUCUGGCUACUCUAGUCUUACAAGCAAACUUGAUGGUUCAAUUUCAUUGAACAAGCAGCUGGAAUACUACAUGGAGUACCAGAAGGAAUUGGUGAGCAUAGCCGGGCCAAAUGCAUCAUCAAUUAUAUCUGGUGCUUUAUACCUCAUUGGAGCUGGGACAUGCGAUUUUAUGCAGAACUAUUUUGUAAACCCUCUGCUUAAAAAGCUUUACACAGUUGAUCAAUUCUCAGACAUUCUCAUUGGAUAUUGUUCGAAUUUCAUUCAGAAUUUGUAUGCACUGGGAGCAAGAAGGAUCGUUCUGAUAACAAUACCUCCAAUAGGUUGUUUUCCUGCAGCCAUCACUAUCUUUGGCCUUCAUAGCAACGAAUGUGUGCCAUGGAUGAAUAGUGCUGCUCUUAACUUCAAUAAAAAGCUCAACACCAUAUCUCAGGACUGUAGAAAAAUGCUUCCUGGCAUCAAUUUGGUGAUCCUUGAUACCUACCAAACUCUCUAUGACAUGGUGACCAAGCCUUCUGACUAUGGAUUUUUUGAAGUAAGGAAGGGUUGCUGUGGAACUGGCGUGUUAGAGACUGUUUUGCUGUGCAAUCAUAAGUCCAUAGGAACAUGUGCUAAUGCGUCUAAAUAUGUAUUCUGGGAUAGUAUUCAUCCCACAGAGGCUGCAAACAAGAUUUUGGCGGAUGAUUUGAUUGCUGCUGGCAAAUCCCUAAUAUCCUAAUCAAACAGUUGUGGGAUUUGGAUUUCCUAGCUAGACUUGUGAUUGCUGUUGUGGACAUGUUGUAUGAGCUUGGCUUAUGUACAAGACUAAUGGAAGCUUUGCAUGUUUAUUUGCAAAUUUCAAUGUGUUCUUAAAGUUCGGAAUAAUUGAACAAAGGCUAUUUGUCUUAGCUUGAUGUAGAAGUAUUUUUGGUGAUAAACAGCUUGUAGAAGCAUCCGAUGGUGCGUGGCACACAAGAUAAAGUAUCAUACUCCCUCCGGUCCUAUUUAUAAGCAUGAAAGAGAAGAAAAAUCUUGGUCCUUUUUAUAAGAACCAAAUGAAAGUUUGAGCUAUAUUAAUUAAUUUUUUCCAAUGAUGCCCUUAUUAAUUCUAACUUGUAAAAUGUGUCUCAUUAAUUAUUCUCUCUCUUUUUCACUUUCCAACACUAAUAACAAAGGGUAAUUUUGGAAGUUCAUUUUAAUUUAAGACAAAUUUAAUGCAUUUUAUCUAGUUUAACUACAUUUC